CUGAGCUUACUGGUCACACAAAAUCGUCUACUCAUAUAAGACUUGCUAAGCAAAUUAAGUCAAAUGAACGGAUGACCAUGUUUGUGGAAUCUAAAGAUGAAAAAAGGAUUAAAGCAGAAUUAAAUGUUGUGGCAAUGGUGGCCCGAAAGAAUUUGUCUUUCAACUGUCUUGAUGACAUGGUGAGUACACUCCAUUUUGUGGCAGAUGACUCAAAAGCAAUCAACAGUAUGACUUGUAACAGAACCAAGGGAACAUAUCUUUUGACAGAAUGUUUAUCACCAUAUGCACACGAAAAGCUCAUGCAGGAAGUUGCUUUGUCUGGUGGAUUUUCAGUGCUGUGUGAUAAAGCAACAGAUCUCACAAUGAACAAAACAUUUUGUGUCAAUAUGAGAUUUUUGAAAAGUGACACCUAUGAACCAGUUACACGUUUCUACCGCCUGCUCCCUGUAAAUGAUGGCAGUGCAGAAGGCCUGUUUGAGCUGCUGAAAGAAACCUUAGAAGGAGAUGGCAUUGGGUGGGACAAAGUGAUUGGUUAUGCCUCUGAUGGAGAAAAUCUGAUGCAGGGAGAUAAAAUUCACUGCUAACCAAGUUACAAGAUGUCGUGCCAGAUUUAUUUGUUGUGAAAUGCUUUUGUCACACAUUCCAUUUAGUUGCUGGCCAUGCUUGUGAAGCUUUGUCAGCAACGGCAGAGCAGCUCAUACAUGACAUCUAUAACUAUUUCAAAUUAUCACCUAAUCGUCAAAAGAGUUAUGAAGAGUUUCAACACUUCGCUGAGUGUGAUCCACAUAAACUGUUGAAACCUUGUCAGACAAGGUGGCUGUCGAUCUCACAAUGCGUAGAACGCAUCCUUGCACAGUGGUCUGCACUGGAGUUGUAUUUCACAGCAGAGGCUCAUGACAUGAAAACCUUGCAGGCGGACAAAAUACUACGAACCUUGAAGAAUCCCUAUGUCAAAGCCACCCUGGAAUUCACAAGCUUUGUUCUUGGCGAUCUUGUUGGCUUGAACAAACUUUUUCAGUCUAAUAGCUUUAAGUUACAUAUGCUGCUACCAGAGACUGAAAGAGUUCUUCGAAUGUUUAUUCUGAAUUUCAUGAAAAGAGAAUUUGUUACCUACAAGCUUCCAGCUAUUGAAGAUCAAACAAAAUGGCUGCCAGUAGAUAAAGUAUACCCUGGUAUACUUGCUAGUGAAACGUUAACAAAAAUGAAGCCGCAUGAAAAGGAGAGCUUUCUUUCACGGUGCAGAGACUGGUAUAAAAUUGCAUGCUGCCAAAUACUGAAAAGGAUUGAUCUGUCGGAUCCAGUGCUUGUGGGACUGAAAGAUGUAAAUCAUGAAAGAAUUCUAAAGGACAAAGCUGACGUAGGCUCUGCAGCAGUGUUGUAUCGGAAGUUACCGCGUCUUCUUCCUGAAGUUGACGUGCAAACCAUCGACAGACAGUGGAGAUCUAUUCUUGUUGAUGAAGAAGUCAGAAAAAGUGCUUGGGAAAACAAAACUAUUGUGGAAUUCUGGAAGCAUAUGAGAGAUGUACCUUCAUAUGAGAAAAUAGCAACUUUCAUGCUCAAACUAACAGCUUUGCCGCAAAGCACAGCAGAGGUUGAGAGAACAUUUUCAAAACUCAAUAACAAUAAAACAAAGCUGCGAAAUAAACUGUCUGUAAAGACAUUGGAAUCAAUUAUCAAAACUUCUGAAAGCUUUCCCUCAACCUUUGAUAUGACAUCGUCUUUGGUUAAGCACUAUUCAUGUGCAAGGUCUAGAUACUUUGCAAAAUACACUGAAAAUGAAAAUAAUUACGUUCUUGCUGAUUAGAGCCAAUUAAACCAUCCUUCUAGAAAGUCCAGAGGCAGUAUCGAGAAUGGGAAUGUAGGGGAAAAUUCCCGUGGAUGUAGGUAGCCACAGUCACCAAGGCGUGGCAACAC